GAUUCAUAAAUCAGUAUAGCUUGUGAUUCGCAGGCUGACAAUCGUUCCAUAUUUAAAUAUAUACAUAAAAAACCACAAAUGGUUUGAGUAAAUUGCACAUUAUUUUAAUUCAAGAUGAAUCUCAUAGCGAGAGUAUUUAUUUUGUUAUUUGGAAUAUGUAUUUGUGAGGCUGGAUAUGGAAUUGGAGAAACACAAUCCGACGUUCAGGCCCCAGGGUACAUACCACCGUAUGCGAGAAACCAGAUCUACAGUAGAGGCUACGGCGGCGGUUACUCGGGCAGAAAAACUAGCUAUAGUGGUACCAAAACCGGUUACGCUGGUACGAAAACAGGUUAUACUGGCACUCAAACCGGUUAUACUGGUACCAAAACUGGUUACGCUGGUACGAAAACUGGUUAUUCGGGCACCAAAACCGGUUAUACUGGAUAUGGUCCACCGGGGCCACCUGGACCUGUAUACAAUCACGAGUCCUCUUACAGACAAUUCUUUAACAACGCAAAUGCUGCUUAUACGGCGAAAUGCGAAAUUGAGUGCAUGAACAACGGGAUAUGCGUGGACACCAACACGUGUCAAUGCCCGCCCAACUUCAACGGCAAGUACUGCGAGUUCGAGAAGAAGCCUUGCCUCUUCUAUCCGCCAUUGCCGGCCAACUCUGAUAGGCGAUGCUCGCCUGACUACUGCACCAUUACUUGCAUGGAAGGCCACAAGUUCAUCGACGGCACCACGGUGGCGGACAUGCGCUGCGUCAACGGGCAGUGGCAGCCGACACGCGCAGACCUGACUUCGAUUCCCGACUGCAAGCCCGAGUGCGACCCGCCCUGCCUGAACGGCGGAGCGUGUCUAUCUGUCAACAUGUGCCAGUGCCCCGCGGACUACAGAGGACCACAAUGCCAAUAUUCCGCAAGCGUGUGCGAUUUCCGCAACCUGGGUUUCAACGGCGGGUACCGAUGCUUCGGGGACUCGGAAAAGUUUUCAUGUGUGUUGAACUGCCCCAGCGGAGCGUGGUUCAGCACUCCACCCGCUGAUACAUACGUUUGCGAGUACGCUACCGGCGUAUUCCUACCGCAGCCCAUUCCACAGUGCGUUUACGAACAAGUCAUUGUCGUCACACCCGUGAACACGCACAAUAACCCAUACGCAUUACGUACGCCGAACGCAACAGACAUCAACCAUUAUGAACAUACGACGCAGGGAUCUGGAAAGUACGGUUCGGGAAACGUUAAGAAACCGAUCAUAGUGGUGCAAGACCUGACUCCAAAAGGCGGUAGUUGCUUGACAUGGUCCGGCCUGCAUUAUAAGACUUUCGAUGGAAAAAUAUACAGCUUCCAAACCUCGUGCAAUCAGAUCCUUGUAAGAGAUGCAAGCGAGCACAAAUACACGGUUGCUGUAAAGCAAACGCAGUGUGAGAGGCAGGGCUACUGUCCGUAUGAAAUAACCGUGUACUUGGACGAGAAGAUGUACUCCCUCAGCACAUCGUUCGACGGUUCCCUGGUGUUCCGCAACAGCAAACGCAGGAUUCCCAUCCCGGCCACGCUGCCCGGCAUCCGCGUAUCCAUGCCCAGCGACCACGUGCUCGUGGACUUGGACGCCGGCAUCACACUCAAAUGGGACACCAAUGACGUGCUUUUGGUGGAAGGUUCGGUGUUGGUUUGGAAUAAGACGGAAGGUCUCUGUGGCACUCUGGACGGAAAUCCCGAGGACGACAUGAUCACGAAGGAAGGCAUUGUCGCUAAGACAAAAUCCGUUUUAUUCGAUUCUUGGAAACUUCAUGAUUUUGAAGAUAUGUGCGGCAGCAACACCACUGAGACUAGCGCAUGUAACUCUAAAUCCGACGAGGAUAUGAAAAAGGCGGCUCAGUUUUGCACCAAUAUAUUCACGAAGGAAAAGUUCCGGAAAUGUGCGAAGGUAAUGGAUGUAUCCCAACUACUGGAAGCUUGCCAAUGGGACUAUUGUGCGUGCACUACGAGCUUGUCACCUGAGGAAUGUGCGUGUAGAACAGUAUCGGUGUAUGCUAAAGAAUGUUUACGUCACGGCAUUGAGGAGAUGAAGUCGUGGAGGGACCCUGAAACUUGCCCCUUGAAAUGCCCGGAAGGCAAAAUCUAUAAGUCUUGCGGACCAGAUACGCAGCCGAGUUGCGCCUCUCCUGAACUGAGUGCCACUAGCAACUCCAGCUGUGUUGAGGGAUGCUACUGUCCGGAAGGUCUUUUGCUGGAGACUGGUCGCUGCGUGCCGAAGAGCGAAUGUCUCUGCCGUGUCAGGAACAGAACUUACCCACCCGGAACUGUCAUACCUAAGAGCUGCAACACUUGUAAAUGCGAAAUGGGUGAAUGGGUUUGCACACAAGUGCCGUGCGGCGCUCGCUGCGGUGCGGUCGGAGAUCCUCACUACACCACCUUCGACGGUCUGAGAUACAACUUCAUGGGUCACUGCACCUACACGCUACUCAAGACCGAAAACAUAACCAUAGACGCAGAAAACGUCGCCUGCUCUGGAGCUAUUACUGAGGCGAUGAACCUCUCCCCAUACCACGGUGAAGGCAAACCAUCUUGCACAAAGGCAGUGUACAUACAGCAUUUCGGUGCAAACAUUAACCUCAAGCAGGGCGGAUUCAUUCUUGUCAACGGGAAAGAGGUAACGGCCCUACCUGCUAAGGUGGGAGACAUCAAGAUACGCGCCGCAUCGUCGCUUUUUAUUAUGAUUCAAAUGCCCGGCAAAGUAUCCCUGUGGUGGGACGGCAACACUCGCGUGUUUGUCGACGUGCCACCGGCGUACCAUGAUAAAACACAGGGUCUAUGCGGUACAUUUAACUUAAACCAAAAGGACGACUUCCUGACGCCAGAGGGGGAUGUGGAACAGUCGGUGCUAGCGUUCGCGAACAAAUGGAAGACGAGAGAGUUUUGCGACGACGUGUCCACCACAGAGCAAGAACAUCCCUGCAAGGCUAAUGUUGAGAACAAAGACAACGCGGAGAAAUACUGCAGCCAACUUAAGAGCACUCUUUUCGAAUCUUGCCACUGGUAUGUGGACGUGCAGCAGUACUACGAGGACUGCCUCUACGACAUGUGCGCUUGCACGGGCGACGACAUGUCGCGCUGUCUGUGCCCCAUACUCGCAGACUACGCGGAUGCGUGCGCGCGCGCAGGCGUCAUGAUACAAUGGCGAUACAAUGUCAAGGAGUGCGAAAUACAGUGCACUGGUGGGCAAGAAUACACGGUGUGCGCUGACAGCUGUUUGAGAACUUGCACCGAUGUUGGUCUCCCUAUUGACGAUUGCAAGCCUUCCUGUGUUGAAGGAUGUGCGUGCCCAGUUGGACAAGUGUUAGAUAACGACAACGUCUGCGUACCAGUUUCUUUGUGUCCGUGCUACCACAAGGGCAUGGAGUUUAAGCAUGGCUACAAGGAAGUCAGAGCUGGAAAGCGAGAACGCGAACUUUGUACAUGUAUGGGAGCACGCUGGGAGUGCCAGCCCGCCUCUCAAGACCAGAUACAGAACUACCCUCCGGCGGAAGAUGUCCGCAGCAAUUGCAGCGCUGCACACAACAUGGAGUUCACCACUUGCGCGAUCGCAGAGCCCCUCACCUGCAAGAAUAUGCACCUGCAAUCGAAAGUGAACACGCAGGAGUGCCGGCCUGGAUGCCAAUGCAAGAAAGGCUACGUUAUGGACGUGUCAUCUAAGAAGUGUAUAGAACCCACGUCCUGCCCUUGUCACCACGGCGGUCAAAGCUUCCCCGAUGGGCAUACAAUGAAGGAGGGAUGCAACACUUGUCGAUGCAAAGGUGGGAAGUGGCGAUGCUCGGGACAGGUUUGUGCUGGCGUAUGCAGUGUGUGGGGCGACUCCCACGUGACCACGUUCGACGGACAGACAUACGACUUCGAGGGCGUCUGCUCUUACCUCUUGGUCAAGGGCAUCAAGGAAGGAACGGACGGUUUCAGCGUUGAGAUACAGAACGAACCCUGCGGCACAACCGGCGCAACUUGCUCAAAGUCAGUCACGCUGCGGGUCAGCAGCGCAGGUACUGAGGAAACCGUCUCUCUCACCAAGAGCGCUCCGCUGCCUGACACUUCCAAAUUGAAAAAUAUAAUGAUCCGUCAAGCAGGCGCAUACGUUUUCCUGGAUGUCUUAUCCCGAGGCAUGAGCGUGCAGUGGGACCGGGGCCUGCGAGUCUACGUCAGAGUCAACGCCAUGUGGCAGGAUAGGGUAAAAGGUCUAUGCGGUAACUUCAAUUCAGACAAGCGGGACGACUUCCAAACACCAUCUGGAGGCGACAUGUCAGAAACAUCGGCUCUUAUCUUCGCUGACUCCUGGAAACUGAAGUCAACGUGCCCUAAACCGCUGGAAGUUACUGACCACUGCAUCGAGCGUCCCCACCGCAAGGAGUGGGCGUCCUCUACGUGCGGCGUGAUGAAGCGCCACCCGUUCUCGCUGUGCCACGCGGAGGUGCCGCCCAGCGACUUCGUGUCGCGCUGCGAGGCGGACGCGUGCGCGUGCGACUCGGGCGCCGACUGCGACUGCGCGUGCGCAGCGAUUGCGGCCUACGCGCAUGCGUGCGUCGAGCGCGGCGUCACCUUUAAGUGGAGGACACAGGAGUUGUGCCCGAUGCAGUGCGACGAGGAAUGUUCGAACUACCACGAGUGCAUCUCCCCGUGCCCACCAGAGACGUGCGAGAACAGACUCGACUAUAAACAGAUUACUGCCGCAUGCGAAAAGGAAACUUGUGUUGAAGGCUGCAAAAGCAACAAGACGAAAACCUGUCCGUACGGCACCUUGUACUACAACAGUUCGCUAACAGAAUGCGUUCCCAGGGCGAAAUGCAUUCCCCCUUGUAUGAUCCUCGAGGAUGGGAGGGAGAUACAAGAAGGGGAGAUCAUAGAGGAAGACCCCUGCCACAAUUGCCGUUGCUCUCAAGGACACAAGACAUGCAUCGGCCAGCCUUGCAUUACUGACUGGGAGACAACCACCCACAAGAAGCCAAAAGAGACGACGCCGCACGACAGGCCGAUGUCGUGUGCCGCGGGCUGGACCGAGUGGAUCAACCGCGGCGACUCCUUCAUCGACUCCUCCGGUGCCUCCGUCGAUCUGGAACCGCUGCCCGAAUUCUAUGAACUAACUAUCGGGUCGCCGAUGUGCGAAAAAGGAAAUAUGACCGGUAUUGAGUGCCGCACGGCCACAGACCACAAGUCCCCCAAGGAGACGGGCUUCAACGUCGAGUGCAGUCUGGAGAAGGGCCUCGUCUGCUCCGAGACCGAGAAGACAUGCCCCGACUUCGAGAUACGCGUGCUCUGCCAGUGCGAGAUAGUUACUACCCCUGGUUUGAUGACGACUACACCAACGACGGCCGAACCCUUCCAAUGCCUCGACUCAACUCACCCGAACUACCAGCACCCAACCAACUGCGGCCAGUUCUACGAAUGUACGCCCGACCUCCUAAACCCGGGCAAGAUACACACUGUCCUCAAGAACUGCAGCGAUGGCCUUAUGUACAACCCCACAGCAAUGGUCUGCGACUGGCCCGCGUCCGUGGUGGCAAUAAGACCCGAAUGUGGAGAUGUUACCUCCAGUACAUCAACAACUGCAAAACCAACGGAAAUGCCUGUACCUGUGGCACCAAGCGAGGAACGUGCUCCUGGAACUACCUCCACCACUACAGUGGGAACAACGUCUGCGUGCCCACCCGGGCAAGUUUUCAAGAGCUGCGCGUUCAAAUGCGACAAGUUGUGUGACCACUUCAAGCAGAGCCUGCGGAACGACAGCAAAUGUUUGCCGGGACAGGAAUGCGUCGACGGUUGCGUCGAUGAAUCGGUAGCGAAUGUGAAAUGCGAGUUCGGUUCCAUGUGGCGCGACCACAAAACCUGCGUGCCCAUCAAGGACUGUACUUGUGACGACAGCGGAAAGAUCGUGAAGCCUGGUGGCGUUGUCAUCUACGACUGCAAGAUAUGCCAAUGUCUAGACAACGCGUUGCACUGCGACACAAGUGCGUGUGUCUCCACAAUCAAACCCAUCACCGGAUCCCCGAUAUCUCAAAUCAAAAUCACAGAGACCACCCAUCUACCUACUAUCGUGGAAACAGUUGCUACUACUUACAUUCCCGCAUUAAAUGCAACACCACCUGUAACUUCUACAACCCAUUUUACUACGAUUGCACCGUUCAUCACAACGACUCCACUUUCCACCGAACGUGUCACAACUCCUACAACUCCUACGAUUCCUACGACACCAUCAACACAUGUUCCAGUGAUAAGAUCGGAAACUGAAACAACUGUCAUAAUUAUAUCAACUACAGAGUCACCGCCACCGGAAUGCAACCCUUCAAUGUACAAAAACCUUCUGUGGGAGGGUAAGCGGUUGCCCAAGGAAUCUUUUACAGCAAGCUCGUAUAUCAAUCCGAUGUUUGAGCCUCAAUACGCCAUCCUGAAUGGGCAUGCCUCUGAUAAUGCUGGAGCUUGGAACCCCGAGGAAAAUGAUAAAAACCCGUACAUCCAAGUGCAGCUUCCGCGUAGGGAGCCGAUAUACGGCGUGCAGUUGCAGGGCAGCCCGCUGUUCGACGAGUACGUUGAGAGCUACGAAAUGAUGUAUGGCGACGACGGAAACGUGUUCUCAACCGUCAACAGCCCCGACGGACAUCCCAAGAUAUUCCGCGGCCCAGUGGACAGCAAGCAGGCGAUGAAGCAAAUGAUCGAGCCGCCAAUCGAGGCGAAGUUCGUUCGCAUCAAGCCUCUCACCUGGCACAACGCGAUCAGUGUUCGCUUCGAGCUGAUCGGCUGCGACGAGGUCUCCACCACCGCCGCGGAAACCACCACGGCUAGCACUACUGAGGCAUUUACCACGCCGGAGCGCAUACAGUGCACUGAACUCUUAGGUUUCGGUGGCGGGCUUCCAAUCGAGAUGAUCGAAGUUAGCUCCAACUUCGACGCUCGGCCGUACCUCAAGCUUGAUUCCGAACGCGGAUGGAGGCCAUUAUACAGCACACCUGGAGAAUGGAUAAUGUUCAACUUCACAUCGCCUCGCAACCUAACGGGUAUCAAAACGAAAGGGGGAGAGAAGGGCCACGUUACAGCAUACAACGUCAUGUAUACCAGCGAUCUCAAGACCUUCAACCCUGUUCUCGAUAGUUCCGGCAAACCCAUACUGUUCCCCGCGAAUUUCGACAAGGACAGUGUUGUCUUGAACGAGUUCCGACCGCCUAUACACGCUCAGUACCUCAAGAUAUUACCCGUCAAAUGGGAAAAGAACAUAGAGAUAAGUGUAGAGCCUAUCGGAUGCUUCGAACCCUACCCUACUUCCGCACCACCGCCAGUGACGCCCAGUUUCCCGUGUCAAAUGUGCCCGGGAGUGCAGGAGGCGAUCUGUACGUGCGCGGGCGACCGGUACUUCGACGGCGAGGACUGCGUGCCCCGGGACCAGUGCCCGUGCCUCGUCGGAUUCAUACCAUACCCAGUUGGCGCGACGUACCGCGGCGAAAAGUGUGACGAAUGUUUCUGCAAAGUCGGAGGAGUGACGGACUGCAAGCCGGCCAAACAGUGCGAAUGCGAACCGGACUUCGUCCCAAGUUUGACACCGUCCUGCGAUUGCCUAUGCGAGCCUUGUAAGAACGGGACCAAGAUUUGCCCUACUAGCAAACUGUGCCUGAAGUUGGAGAAAUGGUGCGACGGUUUACAAGACUGCCCCGAUGACGAGAAGGAUUGCACGACCCUGGCACCAGUCACUGAGACAGUUGUCACUACUGUCAUUCCGACAGUCGCUGCCACUAAACCCACGUCGACCACUCCAGCGCCCACGACUGAAACGCCCACUACCACCACGACUGAAAAACCUCUAGAAUGCCCCAAAGUGGAGUGCCCGCCAGGCUACUUUGUUCGGACAACUACAGGCCACGGAGGCUAUUCAAAGCCAGGCACGUCUGACCUGCCCCCUCCUAGAUCACGUAACGCCUACCAGAGGUUCUACAAAGGUGGAUUCUCAAAGGGUGGACGAGGAGGAUUCGCUAAGGGCGGACGAGGAGGUUUCUCUAAGACUAGCUACUCGAAAGGUGGAAUAUAUGGUCCACCCUCACGUCCGCUCCAAAACGAUGCUUUCCAACUAGACAGGCCUACAUUAAACAGAACCACAGCGGAUACUAAGAAAGUGUGUCCAGUGUUCAAAUGCAUCCCUAAACUGCCCCCAAUUCCUCCCAAGGGAUCAACACCGGCGCCCCAAGUCUGUUCUACCCCUACCUGUCCACCACAAUACACGCUGAAGCUAGAGAGUGUACCUGACAGUCUCAAUUUAUGUCCGCAAUACGUCUGCGUGCCUCCGCCUGAACGAUUCGACUACUGCAAUGUAACGGGCCGCACGUUCUCCACCUUCGACGGAACAGAGUACAAAUACGAUAUCUGUUACCACACGCUGGCGCGAGAUAAACGCUCCAACGCUUGGAUUAUAGUCGCUCGCAAAAAAUGCCUCAAGGACACCUGUCUGAAUGAACUGCUAGUCCUGCAAGACGACCAACUGAUCCUCGUGAAGCCAAACCUCAUGAUAGAUUACAACGGUUAUGAGUACACGAUCGAGCAGACUAGCAAGAUAUGCUUCCAGAAGAACAGCUUUGAUGUGAACCGCCUUGGCAACGGAGUGUUUGUCAAAUCACGGAAAUAUAACUUCACGGUCUUCUAUAAUCCUGAUGGCGAUGUCAAAGUUGGAGUAUCCAAGAAAUACAUGGGCUACGUUGACGGCUUAUGUGGAGCUUACGAUGGCCAAUCCUACAAUGACCGGUCAACGCCUAACGGUAGACUGGUCAACAGCAUAGAACAGUUUGGUAAUUCCUGGGCCAAACCAGGCCUAGCACGCGAUGCGUGUGAGAUCAAGGUGAUUCCUCCAGCCAAACAGAACCGGUGCUUAGAAGUGUGUAAAGCUAUCACUGAAGAGCCAAUCGCACAAUGCGCUCGAGUCCUAAACCUGGACAAGUGGAGGAGCAUAUGUUUGGAAAACGUGUGCAAAUGCGCCGAAACUGUCGUCAAUGGCACGAAGAAAACCGAGGAGGAAUGUCGCUGUUUGCUCCUGGAAAAGCUUGUGGCGGAAUGCUUGGCGGCGGACAAGGACUUGGAUAUAGCCAGCUGGAGGAUACAGAUGAAUUGCCCGGCCGAAUGUCCUCCGCCACUCGUCCACUACGAUUGCUACCGGAAACCCUGCGAGCCCACGUGUGCAGCCAUCAAUAGCGGAGUCAGUACGUGCGCCGCUGAGGACGGACAGUGUUUCCCGGGCUGCUACUGCCCAGAAGGCACUCUGCGCAAGGGUGACCAGUGCGUGGCCCCAUCGGACUGUCUAGACUGCACGUGCACGGGUGUGGGCACGCCCGCCAAGUACGUGACGUUCGAAGGGGAUGACCUGCCCUUCCUCGGGAACUGCACUUACCUCGCCUCCCGCGACACCAAUGACACCGGCUACCACAAAUACCAGGUUUACUCCACCAAUGGUCCAUGCGCUGACAGUCCCAGCAUGGUAUGCACUAAGGCUUUACACCUCAUACAGGAGAAGAACUUCAUCAAUAUCACCAAAGACGCAAACACCAAGAAGCUUAUUACAAUCGUGAAUGGCAUGCCUGUCUACAAAUACCCAUUCACCAAGGAUUGGGUCACCGUCAGCUUGCUUAACGGACAAGAUGUCAACAUCAAUUUACCUGAACUACAUGUUGAGGUGACAGUGUUGCAAGCGAAGAUGGAGUUCACCGUGCAAGUGCCAUCACAGCUCUACGCCAAUCGCACUCAGGGACUGUGUGGAGUUUGCGCCGGAUACCAACAGCAACUCAUCACUAGUAACGGAACUGUUGCGGAGAACUUCGACGAGUACGGGAAGAGUUGGCAAGCAACACCAGAAAUACUGAACACUUUGAAGGUGCCCCUGCAAGAGCAAUGCGACGAAGCCCCUCCGCGGCCCGAGUGUGUGCUGCCACCCAUAGAAUCCAACCCUUGCUACAACAUCAACAAUGUGGCGAAGUUCGGAGCGUGCCAUGCCCUAGUUGAACCUGAGCCCUACAUAUCGCUGUGUGAAGAUGAACUGUGCGAGUCCAAUUCCACAAAUGCCUGCCCCAUCCUCGAGAGAUACGCCGCUGAUUGUCGCAAGCAAGGCGUCUGUCUGGACUGGAGAUCGGACCUGUGCCCCUACCCAUGUGAUGAGCCCCUGGUAUACCGGCCCUGUGUGGACUGCGAGCGUACUUGCGACAACCACGACGAUCUUGAGGCUAACCCGAAGAAGUGCGACCAGCAACCGAUAGAAGGUUGCUUCUGUCCGCAAGGCAAAGUGCGAGUGAACAACACCUGCAUAGAACCAAACAAGUGCUUCCCAUGUGACGCCAAGAAGGAACACUAUGCGGGUGACGAGUGGCAGGAAGACGCUUGCACAAAAUGCUCAUGCAGCAAGUUGCCAGACGAGAACGCAGCGCACGUGACCUGCGCGACUCAGACAUGCACCGUGCCCGUGUGCUCCGACCUGGAGAACCGGUUCACCGUGCCCGGGGACCCAAGCGCCUGCUGUCCCGAGUACAUGUGCGUUUUGAAACCUCUGGAUGAAAGGUGCGAGGAACCGAAGAAGUUGGAGUGUGGAUUCGGACAGGUGUUGAAAACAAAGACGAGGGCCGAUGGAUGCAAAGAGUUCGCUUGCGAAUGCAAGCCGGAAGAAGAAUGUGACCCGAUCCCUGAGGAGAGCGAAGUAGAAAUGAUAAAACAUGGCGUGAAGCGCGUUGUCGACCGCAGUGGAUGCUGCCCCAAGGUGGAGCUGAUCUGCGUAGCGUGCCCGAAGCCGCCCGCCUGCCCGAAGUUCCAAACCCUGAAAACCACUAACAUCAGCGGGGAAUGCUGCCCGGAACACAAAUGCGAACUACCGAAAGACAAAUGCGUGGUGAAUCUCGAAUGGCAAGCUGCUUCGAAGGGUGGCGAAGAACGGCGGCCUGAGCCAGAAGUUAUGCUGAAGGAUAUGGACGCGGCGUGGCUGGACGGGCCGUGCCGCUCGUGCCGUUGCGUGGCGUCGCUGGGCGGCGCGGCGGCGCAGUGCGCGGUGGCGGAGUGCCCGGCCGUGCUGUCCACGGAGCAGUUCGUGCUGGAGCCGCGCGCGGUGCCCUUCGCGUGCUGCCCCGCCGCCGCGCACGUGGCGUGCCGGGACGGCGACUACAUAUACAAGGUCGGCGAGAACUGGACGUCUCCGUACGACGUAUGCGAGUCGUACAAAUGCUCGGAGAUGGAAGAUGGGAAGUUGGAGAAGGUCACCACCGUACAGAACUGCGACACUGAUUGCCAACCCGGUUGGGAAUACUUCCCAGCGUCUCCCGACAGCAAGCAAUGUUGCGGCAAGUGCAAACCCGUCGCUUGCGUGGUGGACGGGGUCACCCGGCAGGUCGGACAGUCGUGGACAUCGCCCGACUUCUGCACCAAUUACACAUGCAAGGAUCUUAAUGGCACUUUACAAGUGCAAAGCGUCAACGAGUCGUGUCCAGAAAUAACUGAGGCACUCAAGAAGCAGUUUGUCCUGAGCAAAGACAAAAUUCCUGGAAAGUGUUGCCUCAAAGAGGAACCGAUCGCCUGUCGCGUUGAGAACAAGAUAUAUCAGGAGGGUCAAUCCUGGACAACUUCGAACCCUUGCAAGAACUACACGUGCGCCCGUGACGUCACAGGAAGACUUUCGCACGAAACCAGCGUGGAGAACUGCGUCAAGGAGUGUAAUAAGGACCAAAAGUAUGUGGAGCCAGGCGUCGGCGUGUGCUGUGGCCAUUGCGUCCAGGACAAGUGUAUUGUGGGCGAUGAACUAAAGCAACUAGGUGAAUCGUGGAAAUCUCCGGACAACUGCACAACAUAUUCUUGCGACGGCACAGUGGGUCAGGUUUCCCUGACCUCGUCGCCGGAGCUUUGUCCGGACGUUUCCGACUGUGCGCCGGAAAAUCUCGUUAACCAGACCUGCUGCCAAGUGUGCAAGCUGAAGCCUUCUGACCAAAGUAAAUGUGUACCAACGCCGAUCCCGCAGAAUGAUACGCUGGGUCUGAUCAGAAUACCCAUGAGCUUCAAAGGUCUUUGCGUUAACAAGCAUGAGAUACCAGGCUUCCAGGAGUGCCGCGGUAGUUGCGACUCCAGCACGAUCUACAGUAAAGAGGCCGGCCGCCACGAGUCGCUGUGCGAGUGCUGCCAGGCGACGCACUACCGCGGCAUCACGCUGACGCUUGACUGCGAUGACGGCACGCGCGUGCCGCACCGCGUCGCCUCCCCCGUCACCUGCGGCUGCCGCGGCUGCGGGGCGGCCGAGCGGCCGUGGCAGCCCGCGCCGCAAGAAGAAGGUUCCGGUACAAAUUAUUAACCUGCAUUCCAUGAAAAUAAAAUAAAUAUCUAUUCUAUCUUGUCAAAACAAUUAGUUGUAAUGUAAAAGUUGUUAAUAAAGCAAAGGUCAGUGAUAAUGUAAUCUUGAAAUUUUGUAAAUAAAUGAAUUGACAACAUA